AGUUUUAUAUGGGUUUUGAGUUAAUUAUUCAUGUUUCAAUAUUUUUAAAUUUUAAAGGUUUGAUUAGUACUAAAACAGGUCUUUGGGUUAUAUAUAAGUCUAAAUUGAGUCCUAAUAAAUGUAGAAUAUGAAUUUAUAAUGAAUUUAAAUUUAUUUUGUGUUGUAUAAUAGAUUGCAUUUAAAGCAAGUCUGACGAGUUUGGAACGGGUUUAGCAGGGUUGACUCUUAAUGGGUCCUAAGAGAAGGAAUGGUCUGGGUCUGGGUCAGAAAACCCUAAACCCAGAUUAAUUUUUUUGGAUCCAAAACUAAACCCAGAUCCGUUGGGUCGCAAAAAAUUGCACCUCAAUCUUAUUAGGGGCGGGUCCAAUGGAUCUUGAACCCAUGAUCAUCCCUGAUUUGGUUAGUGAAUAGAAAAGGCAUUUCGUGAAUGACUUUUAAAGUUAACCUUUUAAAUAAAAAUCAAGAGCUACUAAGUAAAUUUUUCAUUGACUUUUAUAUUUUUUUACGUUUUCUAUGAAAAACAAACAACAAAUAUUUAUUAUUUACCAAGUAUAUAUUCAUAAUAGUUGGUUUGAUAGCUAAUAAAUCAACCAAUAUUACAUCCUUUAAUAUUAACAAACUAACAGUCAUUUGCUAAAUUAACACAUAAUAAUUCUCAUCAUUUAUUUUCUUAACUCAAAGACAUGUGAUACUAUUGUACUAGCUAGUAGUAUUGUUACUAGCAUAUGAGUAAAGCUUACCACUAUAAAUACAUUCUUUUCACUUCAACAUUAGUAUACUCGAUCAACAACCUUCACAAUUUCUUCCACGAAUAAACUUUACUAUAUACCAAAAUCUAACACGACCAACAUUUUUAGCUAGCGUACUUUAUUUAUAGCCAUGGUGUUUGAAGGUGGCGGAGGUGAUGGUGGCAAACUCGGGCUUCCCUUUAUAGCCCGAGUCAUAACCGGGAGGUGGUUCUUAGUAUUUUCCUCCCUCCUAGUGAUGUCCGCGGGAGGGGCAACCUACAUGUUUGGGUUAUACUCUAAGGACAUAAAAACGUCCUUAGGGUAUGACCAAACUACCCUUAAUCUCCUCAGUUUCUUUAAGGAUUUAGGGUCUACGGUAGGGAUCCCGGCUGGGCUACUGAUGGAAGUUGCCCCUCCUUGGGUGGUCUUAGCGGUGGGUGCAUUUCUUAACUUUUUUGGUUACUUCAUGAUUUGGCUUGCCGUCACUUCUCGUAUUGCCAAGCCUGCUCUUUGGCAAAUGUGCUUAUACAUUUGUGUAGGUGCAAACUCUCAAGCCUUUGCAAACACGGGUGCACUUGUCACGUGUGUGAAGAACUUUCCAGAGAGCCGAGGAGUUGUCUUAGGCUUACUCAAGGGUUUUGUUGGUCUAAGUGGAGCAAUCAUAACCCAAUUCUACUUGGCAUUAUAUGGUGGUAAAAAUUCCAAAGCCUUAAUCCUUCUUAUUGGUUGGUUACCUGCCGUUAUUUCACUUGCAUUCCUACGUACCAUCCGUUUUAUGAAGGUUGUUCGACAAAAAAAUGAGAUCAAAAUAUUCUAUGAAAUGUUAUAUAUCUCUCUUGGUCUCGCCGGUUUUCUUAUGAUCAUGAUCAUACUUCAAAAACAACUCACUUUCAAGCGAUCUGAGUACAUUGCUAGUGGUGUUGCCGUGGUUAUUUUCCUUCUUUUACCUAUUUACACCGUGUUUAAGGAGGAAUUUAGGUUGUGGAGGAACAAACAACAGGUUUUGGAAAGUAUCUCUAAGGUUAAUGUUAUGGUAAAUAAUGGUCAACAUAAGGAGGAAAUGGUAAAUGAGCAACCUAUCGUACAACGACAGGCAGAUUCUUGUUUUCAAAACGUUUUUAGGCCUCCGGAAAGAGGAGAAGACUAUACGAUACUACAAGCACUUUUUAGUAUCGACAUGAUUAUUCUCUUUGUUGCUACGAUAUGUGGAGUUGGUGGUACAUUGACAGCCAUCGACAACUUAGGUCAAAUUGGGUUAUCACUCGGGUACCCCGCUAAGAGCAUUAGCACAUUUGUUUCCUUAGUAAGCAUAUGGAACUAUCUGGGUAGAGUCGUGGCGGGUUUUUUUUCGGAGUACUUGUUAAAAAAGUACAAGCUUCCAAGACCUCUUUUCCUUACUUUCAUGCUCUUACUUUCGUGCCUUGGCCACCUUCUAAUUGCUUUCAAUGUUCCUAAUGGGCUUUAUAUAGCAUCUGUGGUUAUUGGGUUUUGCUUUGGGGCCCAAUGGCCCUUACUAUUUGGAAUCAUCUCAGAAGUAUUUGGGCUCAAAUAUUAUUCAACUUUAUACAAUUUUGGGUCGGUAGCAAGCCCAAUAGGAGGAUAUAUUCUUAAUGUAAGAGUAACGGGCUAUUUAUAUGAUAAAGAAGCCUCAAAACAAAUGAAUGCUUUGAACCGGAUAAGGAAACAAGGGGAAGAGCUAAAUUGUGUGGGCCCAGAAUGUUUCCGUUUGGCAUUUCUUAUAAUCACGGGUGCUACUAUUUUUGGUAUGUUUAUUUCAUUAAUAUUGGUGAUUAGAACAAGAAAGUUCUACAAGAGUGAUAUUUAUAGAAAGUUUAGGGAGGUUGCACAACCAAUAGUGGCUGACAUGAUCAAUGGUUCCACUGUUCCGGUGCCGGAAUAUGGACCAAAAAAGCCUGAGACGAAGGCGGUCGAAAGUUCAUAGUGUAAUAAGACAUACUAUAUAUAGAAGUUCAUUAGGUUUUAUUUUCAUGUAGUGAGUUUUCAAGAAGUUUCUAUUUAUAGUAACUAACAACCAUUAAGUUUAUAAGCUAAAUGAAAUCUAGACAUGGAAUCUUACAAUGUAAAGAGAAAGGAUGUAUUCAAGUAAGUGAGCUACUUUUAUCUUUUAUGUGGAGUGAUAAUCAAAUCUCUUUUUGCAAACGAGUAUUAUUUAUUGGUCUGUUUUUAUGAUAAGUGUUUGAUUCUCACUCUUACGUGUGGGGAAUAAUUCUUGCCCAUAAUAACGAAA